AUGACAAUGACCACAAUACCAGAGAGUCUAAACAGCCCAGUCUCAGGGAAGAACGUUUUUAUGGAAUUUGGGCCACCAAGUCAACAAAUGUCGCCUUCAUCUAUGUCUCACGGACAUUAUUCAAUGCACUGUUUACAUUCAACCGGCCAUCCUCAGCACGACAGCUCAUACAGCCCCGCGUCGUCCUUUCCCAGAUCGCUGGCUUAUCCAUAUGUCAACUCAGUCGGUAGCCAUUCCUCAAGUCCAUAUCUCAGUAGCGUUCAGACCUACCAGAACAGCACCGCGUUAGCACAGACACGAUUAGAGGACGCAGCACCAGAAACGGAGAAAAGCACGGUGGUGGAAGGAGGAGAGGUUCGCUUCAACGGAAAGGGAAAAAAGAUUCGCAAACCUCGGACUAUUUACUCCAGCCUUCAGCUGCAAGCGCUAAACCGCAGAUUUCAACAGACGCAGUAUCUGGCGCUGCCGGAGAGAGCAGAACUCGCUGCGUCUCUGGGACUCACCCAAACCCAGGUCAAGAUUUGGUUUCAGAACAAGCGAUCCAAGUUCAAGAAACUGAUGAAGCAGGGCGGUGGGACCAUAGACGCAAACGCACUGGUUAACGGGCGCGGACUGGGGGCGUGUUCGCCAUCAAUAGCGCCAGUGUGGAACUCGCCCGCUAGCGUUAAAUCUCCAGCCGGUACGCCUAGCUCCUACAUCCCGAGCUACACCUCAUGGUACCCCAGCACCCACCAGGACUCAAUGCAGCAGCCGCAGCUCAUGUGAAUGCAGUCCUUUGCGGACCCCGCCCCCCUCUCUUCUCGGAGGACCCGAACGAGGGGAGCAUGCGACCCAAACGCCCAGCUCUCCGGCCCUCCACUUGCAGUAGCAGCAGCUUAUACAGAAGAGACUGCCACCAGACACUGCCAACAUACCGGGUCACUCAACACCCGCACACCGACACACCGCUAUCA